GACGCAGUGAACAGCGCAAACACAGCACGAGAUGAACAGCAGGAUGUUCCAAGUCAUGCAGCUGCAGAAACAGCGGCUGCAGGCACAGCACCACCUUUGCCACGCUCUGACAAGCAAGCCGUCCAGGAUUUCACAGUGAACAGCGAAAACACACCACGAGAUGAACAGCAGGAUGUUCCAAGUCUAUUCUCGCAAGUGUCCAGCAAGCAGACAGACGGAGCAAGGCUAGGCCAGAAGGGCGAGGUUGAUCCUCCAACCAAACCAGCCUCGAGCUCACCGGGAGUGGAGACGGAGAAGCCUCCCCCCUCGCCUGGCACGGCAGAGACUCUCUUGGAGCCCCGGAGCGAUCAGCACGUGGCUCGCGAUGAAGAUCAGGCUCCCCCGGCGCAGCGCAGCGCCACACGGCUGAGGCGAGUCGACGAUCGGGUUUCGGACGCUUCGGAGCUCCCAGUGCGCUUGGAAAAGGCUCCGGCGACGCUCACAGUGGAGUCCCUAAGCCUUGCUUACACGCGGCUCCAUGCGCGGAAGACAUCGCCCAAGAAGCGAGUCAAAGAGCGUGACUUUGCGAAAGCAGCUGCUCCGAAACCCACUCCGACUCCCUCAGCUGCGUCGAGGAACCCAAAGCUCGAGAUUUCCAUGGCAGCGAGUCGCAUCCAAGCCAUGUACCGUCGGCGACGAGAGCGGCUGCGGCUGCCCAAGCCAGAAGUCGCGAAGCUCAGAAGCGUGGAGCAGUUGCACGCAGUGGUCCGCAUCCAGGCCGCAUUCCGAGGACGCCGCGAGAGGCGGGCCGUGAAAGUCGUGAGAGACGCGAGAGCGGAUAUGCGAAUCGCGGCAACCGCACGCCUCCGUGUGAAAGUCCACAAGCUACACCCAUAUGACAGCUCCUCGGCCUCGCCUUCGCCAAGUCGCGACCAAGCCCAGUCCUUCCUACCAGCAGCGGAAGCACCAAGCUCGGGCCUUUCUUCCGCCAACGCACCUGCGGCCACAGAUGAGAUUCGAGGUGCAUGCCGCGCUUGGCUAGCACGAAGAACCCUUCUCUCACUGCAGCAAAAGAGGGUGCAAGCUUCAGUCAUCAAGAUCCAAGCAGUGAUCAGAAUGCGACUCGCCCAGAACUUGCGAAAGGAGAAGGCCAAGCUGCGUGUCUCCUCGAUUGCCAGCCUUCGCAUGAGGGCGGUCCGUAUCCACAAGCUGCACGAAGGGCACGAAGCAGCUGGUAGCUCCCGUAGCCGCUCUGCGAGCCCCAAAGGUUUCUUCGACUCGCCGACUGAGGCGACGCAGGUGCUGUCAGCUCAGGAAGAUGCAGAGGCAGAUGCAGAGGCAGAUGCGGCCUCUCGGCAUCGAGCAGCCUCGCGAAUCCAGGCCUUACAGCGAGGCCGGCUGGCACGUAGGGAGCUCGCCAAGAGAAGCGAGAGAAGGAUGGACAUAGCCUCGAUCGGUGCGCUGCGGGUGAAAGUUUACAAGCUUCACGGCCGAUUAUCGACAAGCAAAAAAGCAGACGGCGACGGCAGCUUUUUUGGCAUGUUUGCCGACACAGCCGGUGCCACUCCCCCGAGCUCGAGCUCGGUGACUGCGGAGCGGGAUGCAGCCGUGAGGAUCCAAGCUUGCUACAGAGGCCGGCAGGGACGUCGACUUGCAGAGCAACAGGCAGUCACCGCCGUCGCCAACACGGCACCCACCGCCUUGGAAAGCGUUCGUCGGUCUUUGGUGGCUGCAGGCUUCGCAGUGGUCGGGGAGGCAAACGCAGAAAUUGGGCGUUUGCUGCACCGUGCUAGCCUCGGCUUAGAGGAGGCAGCUGCUCUGGGUGAUCGGGCCGCGCAGAGGGCUUCCAUCGCUCUGGGGGAGACCUUGCUGCACAUGGUGGUGGAUGCCAGCACGCCUCCCAUUUCACCCAUGCCCGGAUCAGAUGCCGGGUCAAAUCUGGGCUCAGAUGCGGGCUCAGACGUAGCUUCAACAACCUCCCCGACAAAGGAAGUGCUGGAGCUUUCCAGGUCCAUGGAAAAGUCCUGUGUGCGCGUCGAGGCUUGGCUACAGAAACGAAAGCACUCGGUGAACCGGGCUGAGAAGACGCCGGCUCUUGGGACAGGCAUCUCACCUUUGGUGCAGAGGAGGCGAGAGCUCCGAGAGCUCUCAGAAGUGCAGACACUCAAGAGCAAGAGCAAGGAUGUUUCUCGCGCAGAUGACGAUGACGAUGAAAUCAAGAAGUUGCUGCAAAACUUAGACAGCGCAAGCAUCAGGAAGGUUGCCGAGGAGCAGGAGAAGAAGCUGGAGCUUCUUCAACUGGCCCCAAAAUCUGUUCCAGGCGAGUCGUGCUCGAAAUGUGGCAAGGAAGUGGGCUUCGGCUCCUUCGGCUCCGUGAGCUCUGAGCUGGAGUUCAGUAUUUGGGGCCUUUGCGCCAAUUGCCAAGCAGAGCUCUUCGACUUAGGGCCCAGAGGGCCUCUGGGGCCCAGCCCAGAGCGAGACUAUGUCUUAGUUGGGCCGGGCGGCCUACAGGGCGCUGGGACUCUCCAAGCAUUGUCGCCAUUUCAUCCGAUGCCCGUUGCCUACCCGGAGCCCGAAGAGCUUUGGGCUUCACCCUACCACCUUUUCAUGGCCCAGCAUUUCCUGGACCGACGCUGCCGUGAGCUGAUUCGUAAGGCCAAACCGGCUGCAGCCAAUCUGCGGUCCAUGAUCUCGCAGGACCCGCUGCGAACUGCAGUUCGGGAUGAUUGGUUCCUCGGCUGGGCUGUGAAAGCGAUGCGCCACUGCAUUUUCCUAGCGAUGGAUCAGCACCCGGCACUCGCAGCUUUGCUGGUGAAGACAGGCCAUGCCCGCAUUUUCUUUAUGGAGGACCGUUUCUGGGGAGCUGUACUCGUUAACAGCGACUUCGUCGGUGAAAACUUGGUUGGGAAGAUUCUGGAGGAAAAGCGUAUGCUUCUCAGGUGUGGCAUGCCUACCUAG